AUGCUCCUUCAGAUAUCACUAGAUCUCCUGCUCAGCAUUCGUUCCAUGCACCCAUCCAGUGACGUCAAUGAAUUGGAUUCUGAUGAAAAAGUAUGGUCGAGCUUCGAGAACCAACUAGAUAAUAUUUUCCUCAUUUUAUCGUCCACCAACUCUUCAGCUGACGCAGAUGCUUCUGAAACGCGGCACGGUCUGAACGAAAAGCAUAUGCGUUCUUUUUUAAACACAUGUCGGGACCUUGAUUCUUGGUUCGUUAAAAUGCGGUUUUUGCUUUCCACACGAUACCCUGAUCUUGUUCUGCAUGAAGAGCUCGAUAUCAUGCGGUCGGAAAUCGUUCGGAAGGAAAAAUUGAUAACUGAGACGAAAUUGAAACUGAAACAGUAUUCAGAAUGUAUAGCUGUCAUAGUUGAACAGAUAUCCAAAGAUCUUUCCCAUUGUUCAUCAAUAUGAAUAACGGAAAAUCGGGCAAAACUCUUUCCCAUUCGAACCAUACCGGAUAGUCCGUGACAAUGAGUAACGGAUCCUCCUUUCCACAGUGAUCUUUCGCUACGCAACGAAACAAAGGCUACAAGCCUCAUAAACAGUAUUAAUAAGCGAUAUGCAUUGGAAACGAUCGUUAUUGUCCCGCCGACGCUUACUGUUAGGAACAUUGCUAAUGAUCCUUCAACGCGUUCUCGAUGCCCAUAGAUCUGCUGUUUAUAUCUCUGCGUUACACACUAUGCAUUU